UGCUUACCCCCAAAACACCCUCGAGAAAAGACAUUUCUAGAUCCACAUCAAUGGCCACCUUGAAAAUUGAGAUUUUGGGUGUGGUGUGUCCUUCCCUCUCUCUCACUCUCCACAUUUCCAUCAAUCCCCAUAUCAUUUCUUACUAACUGAGAAAACAAAGGAUAGCCCAUGUAAACAAGAGAAAAAAAUGGCUCAAACUCAAAGCUUCUCCCUUUAAGCAAUUUUCUAGUAUUACCCACUCUCUCCAUCAUUCUAAAAUGACAAUAUUCUCUCUCUACACUAUGACAUUACAUCACUUACUAACACCCCAUCUUUGAAUUCUCAAUGUUUAUUUAUAUUUCAUGUGUCUACUCAGCACCCCAACACGUCUGCCUAUCAUGUGUUUGAUAUAUUGCCUAGAGAGAAAAAAGCAGGAGAGUUUGAGAGAAACAAAUGAGGUCUUCUAUGGUGGGAGGAGGUGGAGGAGGAGAAAUUUCCAAGAAGGCAAUGUGGCUCUAUCCUAAGGUCAUGGGCUUCACCCCCUCUGAGCGAUGGGGGCAUUCUGCUUGCUAUUACCAAGGAAAUGUCUAUGUUUUUGGGGGAUGCUGUGGAGGGUUGCAUUUCAGUGAUGUUCUUGUGCUAAAUCUUGACACCAUGGUCUGGACCAACAUGGUGACCACGGGGCAGGGUCCGGGCCCCAGAGACAGCCAUGGUGCAGUGAUUGUUGGAAACCAGAUGAUAGUUUUUGGUGGUACAAAUGGCUCUAAGAAGGUCAAUGAUCUCCACAUUUUGGAUCUUGGUACCCAAGAGUGGGUGCAACCUGAAUGCAAGGGGAAUCCACCAUCACCUCGCGAAAGCCACACCGCUACGCUCCUUGGAGACGACAAACUGGUAAUUUUUGGGGGAAGUGGAGAGGGCGAAUCGAAUUACUUGAAUGAUCUGCACAUUCUAGACCUCAAAACUAUGAUGUGGAUGAACUCUGACGUGAGGGGUGAUAUUCCAGUCCCUAGAGAUAGUCACUCUGCUACUGCUGUUGGACACAAGCUCUUUGUUUAUGGCGGGGAUUGUGGAGACCGCUAUCAAGGUGGCGUCGAUAUGCUCGACGUGCAUUCAUUGACUUGGUCUCGAUUGUCUGUCCAAGGAUCUUCACCUGGCGUUCGGGCAGGUCAUGCUGCGGUUAACAUUGCGAUGAAGGUUUAUAUCCUAGGGGGGGUUGGAGACAGACACUACUACAAUGAUGCGUGGGUGCUUGAUUUAUGUACUUGCUCGUGGACUCAGCUCGAUACGUGCGGUCAACAACCCCAAGGGAGAUUUUCUCACACUGCAGUUGUUGCAGACUCGGAUAUUGUCAUAUAUGGAGGGUGCGGGGAGGAUGAACGACCUCUCAAUGAUUUGUUGGUCUUGCAACUCGGUGCAGAGCAUCCAAAUGGCCGGUACAAUGUUUCUAUGUGUAAAAUUUUUGGAAAUCAUUGGAAUAAUCAAGGCAAGAGGAGUUCUUUCAGAGGAGAAGAUCAGAGUGGCACGAAGACUAAGCUUAUGGGGAACAACAUUGAGCUAGUUAGAAAGGGAGAUCAUGAACUAAAAUUGGAGACGAAACACUCUAUUCAGUUAAUGUCAGAGACGUUACAUCCCAAACGGAGGCGAACCACGAAUCCGAAAGUGUGGGAGGUCGAAUCCGAGCAAGAGGAGCAUUCUCUAUCAUUGUCCCAGCACUCAUCUCCGUCACAAUCAGAUCAAGAACAGACCCCUGUUCGAAAAGUCUCUGACUCGGUAACAAGUUCCCAAGGAUUACGACUUCUUAAGCAUGUGAGUCAUAGCUCAACUAGCGAACCUCACAGCAUUUCUAGAACCCAACCUGAGUUCAGAAACACUGUCCAAAGUGCUCCGCUGCAAGAUCUUCCAUAUUUAGGACACCAGAACCAGCUAAAGCCCGAACAGCAGCCGCUUCUCCAUGUCGUUCGCCCAGUGAAAGAACAGAAGUCCUUGGAGAUGGGCAUCAUUCAAAACCUGAUCGGAUCGGAGGUUCGAGGGAGAGUUGAUGGGGCAUUCGACUCUGGCUUCCUGAUGACUGCUACUGUCAAUGGGAAAAUAUACAGAGGUGUCCUGUUCACACCUGGACCUGGAGUCUUCUCAAGGGCCACCAUUAUUGCAGAGAAUGCAUCUCUUCCUGCAAACACACUGCCAAACUCAAACCACGUAGAACUAUCAAAGACCUUGCAGCAUAGACCGUUGGUUCCGAUGCCCGAGUCGACUCAGACCUUCAGGCAAGCACAAGUGAGUCCUCCAGUUCCCAUCAUCAAACCAACUCCAUCUUCAUUACCAGUCAAACUUAGAGAUGAUCUUCAGGGUGUGCUUUUGACAUUAGGAGGACCUGGAAAUGGCUCUGCUUGAGAAUGAGAAUCAAUAACGUGUACAAACAGUGGUAAAAAGGAGAGGGGAAAAAGAAGAAGAAAGUUUGUAAACAGUUUUGUAUCUUGAAUUUUAAGAAUCACCACAUUUAGAAAUUAACCAUUUGGUUUUUAAUAUUUCA